GCUCCUGAUUGUAAUCACGCUUCCGAGAGCCAUACCUGCCGGUUUUUUGGCUUUCCAAGCAGCACAAAGAAGGCAGAAUAUUAUAAGCGAUGGAUUAAACUUUUAAGACGAGCUGACAGAUCUCCAGGAAAACACUCAAUAGUCUGCAGUUGCCAUUUUCGAGAUGGAAAUAAAGAAAAUGGGCCAGAGAUAUUCAAACGGAACGCUGAUACUAUGUUUGCUCCUGACGACUACUCAAAGGCGAAGACUGCUAAGAAGAGCAAAGCGAAGACGAAUGUUUUAACUCAGCAACAAACGAUUGCCGAGAUUGUUAAUGACUUUAAUAAUUCUAAAGAGGCAGAACUUGAAACCAUAGAAAACAAAGAAAGACCUUCUGUCACAGAGAUUGUUCUUAAAGCUGAGUUAGAAGAAAUGAGGAGAGAGCUCGAAACAUACAAAGAGAAAGCAGCCUACCAGCGUAGUCACUACAGUGUGUCAACCCUAAGUCCUGAAGUGAUCCGAAUGGAGACUGGUCUGCCCACAAAAGAAGUAUUUGACAUUGUAAUUAGCUAUGCAUUAAGAUUUAAAAAUUCGAUUAAUUAUUUUUCUGGUUGGACAGUUACUUCUAUAUCUUUUGAAGACCAGGUUUUUAUAGCUUUGAUGAAAGUAAGACAAAACUACACAAAUUUGCACCUUGCUCAGUUAUUUUCUUGCAGUGUAGCUACUAUUACUAAUAUUGAAAUAACCUUUAUAUAUGUCUUACAUGAAAUAYUUUUUAAAGAUAUUAUGACUACAAUACCUUCCAGGCAUAAGAAUAGCACAAGUUCACCCUCGUCAUUUUCAGGAUUUGCCUMAUGUAGAAUUGUAAUUGACUGCACUGAUAUAGAAAUUGCUACUCCAGGUCUAAUGAGCCAACAAAGUGCAACUUAUUCUAGCUAUAGGGGUAUGAAUUCAUUUAAAGUUUUAGUAGGUGUUGCACCAAAUGCAGUA